GUUGCAACUGUGCAUCGUGACCUGGCAUCUUUCCAGUGUGCUGUGCCUGUGUUGCAGUGGUUUUCCUCCGGUGUGUGCAGCGCGGCACCAGCGAGCGCCAGAGGUGUCAGCAGCACAGUGGGAGGUGGAGUGUAGGACCCCGCGGUGGCAGUGUGUGCGGUGCCCUCACAUGUUGCCGAGCACCGAGUCUGUCCGCCCGCCCUCGCAAUGGCGUUCAUGGAGAAGAAGAGUCCGGGCAAGGUGCUGCUGGACGAUACGGUGCCGCUGAGCUGUGUGAUUGAAGCCAGCCAGAACCUGCAGUCGCACACGGAAUAUAUUAUUCGUGUACAACGUGGAGUUUCAGCAGAAAACAGUUGGCAGAUCUCGGGCCUGAGCCUACCUCUACCUCCCAAAAAGCUCAUUGGAAAUAUGGAUCCUGAGUUCAUAGCAGAAAGACAAGAAGGACUUCAGAAUUACCUGAAUUUCAUCACAACACAGCAUAUGCUGUCAAACUGUGAACUGGUUAAAAAAUUUCUUGAUCCCACCAACUACUCCUCUAACUACACUGAAAUUGCCUUACAGCAGGUAUCCAUGUUCUUCCGUUCUGAACCUAACUGGGAGGUGGUAGAACCACUGAAGGAAAUAGGUUGGAGAUUAAGAAAACGGCACUUUUUAAUAAAAAGUAAGGAUCGACCCAAAGAACGGCAAGUAUUAAGUUGGGCUGACUUUGGUCCAGAUAUGUUUCUGUCUGAUAAAGAUCUUCAAUCAGCAAUGAAACUUUUACCUUCUUGGUCUCAUCCGUAUAUCUAUCCUGUAACCUUUGCCACAGCGAGUGAUUCUUCAGCACUUGUAAUCCGAAUGUAUAAUGAAAAAGGAACGCUAAGAGAUUAUAUCUGCAAGGCUAAACCAAAAGAUCCUUUUGUGAAGAAAUACUGCAGCCCUAAGAAAAUCCAGGGGCUUGAUCUUCAACAAAUAAAAACUUUUGGGAGACAAAUACUUGAGGUGUUGAAGUUUCUUCAUGAGAAAAGAAUUCCAUAUGGACAUCUUCAUCCUUCGAACGUGAUGCUUGAUGGAGAGACAUGUAAAUUACUGGAUUUAGAAAACUCGUUACUAGGAUUGCCCAGCUACUAUAGAGCUUACUAUACACAGUCCAGGAAAAUCAAUACAACAGAAGCCAUUGAUGUUUAUUCCUUUGGCCAUUUGCUGUAUGAGAUUACAUAUGGAAGGCCGCCAGAUUCCGUGCCAGUGGACAGCUUUCCAUCUGCCCCCUCAUCAGAAAUAGUAUCUGUGUUGCAGUCUAUCCUUUCUGCAGAAGCCUGGAAAACAAGCAUGCCAACAAUUGCCCAGCUGUUGGAGACACCGUUAUUCAGUGAUGUUGUGCUGCUUAAUGCUGAAAAGCCCCAGUUUAAGGUAAGGCUUUUAUACACUUCACUGCAGAGGAGGGUGUUUAAGAGUAUUGGAAAACAAAUUCAUCGGCAUAAGAGGCUCACACGGGCACAAUCUCAUCAUGGAUCAGAGGAAGAGAAGAAGAGGAGGAAGACUUUGGCAAGAAAGAAAUCGAAGCAGUCUGUAACUGAAAAUGAAGCAGAUAUCUCAACUAAAAGCAGCAACUCAAACAAUAUAAACUCUGGCUCUGGUGCUAGUUCUCCUUUAACAUCACCAUCUUCUCCUACUCCUCCUACAACUGGAGUUUCAUUUGUUCCUCCACCACCAGCUGCACCUCCACCUCCAAAGUCUGAGACUGAUCUUCCAUCACAAUCAGUUCCUACUGCUGGUAGAGCAGCCUUACUCAGCUCAAUUCAAAGCUUUAAAAAGGGGCACUUGAAACCUACAGAUACAAAUGACCGCAGUGUCCCUACCAUCAAAUAAUACGACAUGGCUUUGUUACUGGACUGUUUUGAAUACCAAACUUGAAAUCCUGAUUAAGAAAAUAGGCAUGUUGGUGAGUGGAGUUCUGUCCAGGACAAUCAUUCCUUUUCAUGGAUCUGUGUUGCUGCCACUGUGUAAAGAUUUACUUAUGGGUUUGCUGUGCCCCCUUCUGGACAUGGCUAUUUCUGGAGUAGAUUCUUUUUGUCUUUUAGCAGUUGUCAGUAAACUUAACCAGUGCAAAAAUAGCAACCUUUUGUUUUGUAGUAAUCUUAAAAAUAUAGUUUGACCAUAAUCACCUAAUCUUGAAAUUCUGAAGAAAGUGCACUUUAAAAUACAACUGUGUUUUACCUUAAAAGAAACAGCUGUUUCUAUGCAGAAAGAUUUGUGGUAUAUUAUCUGUACAAAUUUUCUUGUAAACAAUGAUUUAAUAUUUUUAUUAAAAUAAUUGUUCACCA